UUGUCCACUUUCCGAAAUACACGUACAAGCCUCACUGAUUAUAUUUUACCUAUUGAAAGAAAAAGAAAUUCCUUUUACUAUUUCUAUCUAUGAAAUUUCAAGUGUAUUCAAAGUUUAGAAAUUUCGGUUUGUCCAACUUUGAACCAAUAGAAUACGCCAUUGUACGUUGGGCAAAACACAGUUCGAUAUUUUUCGAGAUAUUGCAGUAGGACGUUAUUAUAUAAUCUUAUUCGGUGGCUGUCGGGUGUAGAGCUCGUUGGAUCUUGUGCAGUAAUUAAUAAACCUUAUUUUUACAAAAGAAACAGGUAUAAUUUCAUACAUCAGUUUCACUUUGUUAUUGUGUGGAGUUCGUUUGUAGUAUGUCUCGUUGGUUAACCCAAUUAUCUAAUACAAAUUUGAAGAAAGCCAUGUCUGCAGAAAAUCCAGGAACACCUAUGAAAUAUCCGUAUACAUUAAGCGCAAAGAUAGCUCAAUUUCCAUAUAAAUAUUAUCUCACCCAUAAAAGCAGUUGGGUGUUCAAAUUUUGGCUUAUAUCCAUUGUAGUGACUGCCCCUUUGUUUUAUAAAAUCCAAAAGCUCAGUUACAGUCCAGAGAAUGUUAAAAAAUGGGACGAAAUACAUCGUAAACAAUUUUUAGAAGAACCUGGUCAUCAUCAUUAAGUUAUGCUGGGAAAUAAUUUAGUAUAGUAUGUAAGAAUACAUCUAUGAAAAGAAUAUAUGCGAUUCUUGCAAAUUGAAAUGUCUUUAUCUCUGAUCAUUUUUGUCGAACGUUAUGUUAUGAACAAAAUUUAAUUAAAAGUCUAUUCCAAAAGUUUAUUACCAAAUUAAUUGUAUAAAACGUACAUGAUUACAAAGAACUGUUCCUACAACUGCUGUACAAUAUAGCGAAUAAUUAUAAUUUGUACCGUAGAUUUUGUGUAGGGCCACCCUAGGAUCUUCAAUUUCGUUAAGCUAGGCUGAUUUUCACGAAGAAAUAUAAGUACUGGUAAUGUGUUAACAAUUUAGCAGAACUUAAAAUAAACAUGAUUAAAUAAUAAAAUCUUUAAUUUUCAUUA